CGCUUGACUUCUCCCAGCUGCCCGCCUCAGUUGACUCCAAGUUGAUGUUGGCUUUCAGGAGCUGGUCUGCCUCACUCGCUCGCUAUCAUUUCCCUCGGGUACACAUGGCCACCAUGUCCGCACAAAGUCCACCAACAUCUAGCAGUUCUGAAGGACCAGUUGCGAAAUCAAUUAAGGAGAAGUUGACAUCGCUCCUGCGCCCGUCGGAGCUGACUGUUACGAAUGAUUCAUGGCAGCACAGGCAUCACGCCGCCAUGAGGGCUCAAGGAGGUGGGAAUGGGGAGACGCAUUUCACUGUUCAAGUCGUCUCCGAAGAGUUCAAAGGCAAGACAACAAUGCAACGGCAUCGCAUGAUAUACUCCGCUCUCUCCGACGAAAUGUCAGCUGGUUUACAUGCACUAUCAUUGAAAACAAAGACGUCAGAGGAAUUGCGAAAGGCAGAGGAAGGCAGGACUCAGUCAUGACGACGACCCGCUGACUGUCUCUCGCAUUUUAACGCGUUGUGUUCUUGUGUGUAAAACAUACGUCAACUUGUGAAAUGUGGGUGUGCA